CUCCCAUGCCUUUAUCGGAUCCGGAGCCACAGGCCUUCGCAGAAUCCGAUAUCGGCUUCCUGCUCCGUCUCCGGUCGACCGGAACCGGGAACGUUGACCUCGAACCGAGGUUGCCACAGGGAACUUGAACCCCUGAGUUCUCGUUUCCUCCGGCCGGGAGGUGUGAGUGAGGGUAGGAUUUUUAGGAGGGUGGUAAAGAGAGAGAGGAUAUGGAGCUCAAGUGGCGGAGCGGACGGCUGUGGCCGGCUGUGCUGGUCGCGCUCGCUGCGGCAGCAGUGGUGGUGACGGCGGAUCGUGGUCUGCGUCCGGAGGCGGCGGGAGCCGAGGCUGUCGAGGCGGAGGAGGUCGGGCUGUCGGAUUACGUUCUGAAGGUGGUGGAUUUCUUGUGGCGGCCGGAUGAAUCUUCCUACCGACAUGUUUGGCCGCCGAUGAAAUUUGGGUGGGAAAUCGUCGUCGGAUCUCUCAUUGGAUUCUUAGGGUCAGCGUUCGGGAGCGUUGGAGGCGUCGGUGGUGGUGGGAUCUACGUUCCCAUGCUUACGUUGAUCAUUGGAUUCGACGCCAAGUCUUCGACUGCUAUAUCAAAAUGCAUGAUCAUGGGCGCAGCAGGAUCGACAGUUUGGUACAAUUUGAAGCUGAGGCAUCCGACUCUGGAUAUGCCCAUCAUCGAUUAUGAUCUGGCUUUGCUCUUCCAACCAAUGCUCAUGCUGGGGAUCAGUAUCGGAGUCGCGUUCAACGUCAUCUUUGCUGACUGGAUGGUCACAGUUCUUCUAAUCAUCCUCUUCCUAACUACAUCAACUAAGGCGUUUUUGAAGGGUGUAGAGACAUGGAACAAAGAGACGAUAAUGAAGAAGGAGGCAGCAAUGCUUAAAGAGUCAAAUGGAAGAGAUGAAAUAGAGUACAAAGUUCUCCCAUCUGGUCCAGAGAAUGCAUCGAAGAAGGCUUUACGAAAAGAGGCUCCAAUCAUGGAAAAUGUCUACUGGAAGGAGCUUGGCCUUCUUGGUUUUGUAUGGAUAGCAUUCCUUAUCCUGCAGGUUUUGAAGCAAAACUACACAUCAACCUGUUCCCCGUGGUAUUGGAUUCUGAACUUUCUUCAGAUCCCUGUAUCACUGGGAGUAUCAGGAUAUGAAGCUGUUAGUUUGUACAGAGGAAAAAGAAUUAUUUCAUCAAAGGGAGAAGAAGGAACAAAUUUUACAGUCGUUCAGCUAGUUUUCUACUGCUUGAUCGGUGUCCUUGCUGGUAUAGUUGGGGGGCUGCUCGGUCUCGGGGGCGGGUUCAUUUUGGGCCCUGUUUUCUUGGAGCUUGGUGUUCCUCCACAGGUCUCGAGUGCUACAGCAACUUUCGCGAUGACGUUUUCUUCAUCCAUGUCUGUUGUGGAGUACUACCUUCUGAGGCGUUUCCCCAUCCCUUACGCAUUGUAUUUGGUGGCUGUGGCAUUAGUUGCUGCCAUUGUGGGUCAGCAUGUCGUUAAGCGACUGAUCGAAAUACUGGGACGAGCUUCUCUCAUCAUCUUCAUCCUCGCUUCCACAAUUUUUGUUAGUGCAAUCUCGUUGGGUGGAGUCGGCAUAUCGAACAUGGUUCAGAAGAUCCAGCAUCAUGAGUACAUGGGCUUCGAGAAUCUCUGCAAGUACCAAGCGUAGCAUCAACAUCAAAAAUCGAUCAGAGAUUUUUUUCCGUAUCACUUUUUGUGAGCAGAGGAACCUCCAUGAUUUAUCAAUGCUUGCAUUCAAUAAAGCUCCCGAGAGAAUACACUCUGUAGCGUGUUUUCUCUGUCUUCUUGAUCAAAUUCUCUGCACAGCAGUUCUGAGUGAGAUGUUAGACAACAGUCGUAAUUUGAAUGUCUUCUUUGUUGUAACAAAAUAGCUGUAGGUUUGUGAUCUGCAGAAUCUAUUCUUAAUAGCAGAAAAUUGUGUUGAUUCUUGUUUA